ACAGUGUUAUUAUAGACAAAAAUAAUUUCAUACCGAGACGCAUGUUAUGUGAUCAAAAUUAUUCAAAAGCGUAAUGACACGAAUACCGAUUAUCUCUAACAAUCGGAUCACAAGACAGGCAGACGGACAAGAUUGAUGGGGACACGUUGUGAAGGAUUGCAAUAGAAUUUCAGACGCGACUCGCUCAGUCCUAUUGCGUACUACGAAGAGUACAGUCAUUUUCGAUUAGACUGUCUGAAAAUUGAUGAUAAUAAGGAAUUAAGUAUGUCUGCGAAUGAAGAUCUAGCUAAAGAGAGGGCCAGGUGUGAUUUUAAUGUAAGCGAAAUCACGAAUAUUCUGGACGGCGGCAUUGAGAGGACGAAACAAAGGAAAAAAAUCGAGAGCAUAGCAUUGAGCAAUGGCAAAUGUUGUGACGUCACUCCAGAAGAGACCCUGGGCCCGAAAGAGCGCUACGAGAAUGCAAUCCGGAAAUCUUGUUUGUACACCAAAAUUGUUAAGGAUCAAGUGUUGACUCUUACCGGGCUAGAGGUAUUGGGGUCCAAUUCUUCAGUUCUCCGCAGAACAGCAGAUGCGUUUUUCAAAGAUAUUUCCCCAUUCUUGCUUCACUUGGGCAUGUUUGUACCGACCAUCAUGGGACAAGGCACUCCAGAACAACAAUCCUACUGGUUACCGCGGGCCUUAGACUUUCAAAUCAUCGGUACAUACGCCCAGACAGAGCUUGGUCACGGUACGUUUAUAAGAGGUUUGGAAACAACAGCAACGUAUGAUCCUGAUACCGAAGAGUUCGUUAUCCAUAGUCCUCGGCUGACUUCGUACAAAUGGUGGGCAGGCGGACUGGGAAAGACGUCAAACUACUGCAUUGUGGUAGCGCAGCUAUAUACGCAAGGAAAGUGUUACGGUAUCCAUCCGUUUAUCGUACAGAUCCGAGAUGAGGAUACCCAUAUGCCCCUCCCGGGGGUCAGAGUGGGGGAAAUCGGUCCCAGGAUGGGCUUUAAUACGGCCGAUAACGGAUUUUUGGGUUUCGACCAUUACAGAAUACCCAGAAAUCACAUGCUCAUGAAAAACUCUCAGGUUCUGAAGGACGGCACUUAUGUGAAAGUCGCAAGUCACAGUAAGCUGACCUAUGGAACUAUGGUGUUCGUAAGGGUGAUGCUGGUUAAUGAAGUAGCGUUCAAUUUGGCGAAAGCUGCAACGAUUGCCGUUAGGUAUUCAGCCGUGAGGAGACAGUCUGAGAAGAUUUCUGGAGAGCCGGAACCACAAAUUAUAGACUACGUGACACAGCAACAUAAACUAUUCGUCUGCAUAGCGACGGCCCAUGCUCUGCAAUUGAGCAGCAACUGGCUGUGGAAGACCUUCAGUGCGGUAUUGGCUGAUAUGAGAGGCGGGAAUACGGAAAAUUUGCCCGAGUUGCAUGCGUUGUCUAGCUGUCUCAAGGCCCUGAGCACAUCGGAUUCCGCAGCCCUCAUCGAGCAGUGCAGACUGGCAUGCGGAGGCCACGGCUACAUGCUCUCGUCUAAUCUGCCGCUGCUUUAUUCAUUCGUCACGGCCACUAGAACUUACGAGGGCGAUUACACAGUGCUGUUGCUGCAAACAGCCAGAUUCCUAAUAAAAGCGUGGGAGCAAGCGGAGUCCGGUAAUCCGGUGACUCCCACGGUGUCGUAUAUGGAAGAAGCUGUCGUUGGUAAUAAAUACAAAUGGAACGGUUCAGCUGAGGGUAUAAUAAAAGCCGCAUAUUAUGUCGCUGCGGGAAAAAUAUCAUCCAGUGUUACCAGUAUAAGAAAACGUAUGAAGAAUGGAAAAGCAUUUGAAGAUGCAUGGGAGUUGACCGGGGUGCAACUUGUAGCUGCGGCCGAGGCGCAUUGUCGUGCAGUGAUCUGCGACGUGUAUAGAAAAGAAACAGUAAGGCUCACAGCGAAUUCCAGUCCGAAUGUGAAAACUGUCAUGGAUCAACUUAACAUGCUGUAUUUAUCUCACUGGGCUUUGGAAAGAACUGGCGACUUAUUGAGGUAUACUUCAACGACAGAAGACGACAUAAUCAGCUGUCAACAGAGAUACGAAGAGUUGUUGGCUGCGAUCCGACCGAAUGCCGUGGGAUUGGUCGACGCGUUUGAUUUCCCUGACGAGAUAUUACAAUCGACCCUGGGCGCUUACGACGGGCGCGUGUACGAGCGCCUGAUGGAGGAGGCGCUGAAGAGUCCUCUCAACGCGGAGCCCGUCAACAGAUCCUUCCACCAGUACCUCAAACCUCUCAUGCAGGGGAAACUUUAAAAUUAAUUUUAUGUAUUAUAUUUUUUUGGAAAACGGAACCCAGUCAAAAGAUCGAAGCGACGUAAAUUAUGACCUUUUUCAUUAUGUUUUUUUCUAUGUUAGGGAAGUAUGAACAAUGUCUUCAAUGUGUGCUAUUUAUAAAC